AAUUAGUUCUCCGGCGAACAGUUCGCUACAUCUCUACUGUUUAGAGUGCUGGUUUGGGUAUAAAUAACCCCUCCCAUACAGGGACUGUUUAAGCUUCUGAUGAAGUGACGUGAGGUCACGAAAUGCGUUAAACGUAAUGUGACUAAAUAAAGACUGAUUUUAUUUUUUCACCACGUGGUGCUCCGCUUUUUCUGGAUGUUAUCGAUUUGUUUUGGGGCCAUUGGGAGUUGAUCCGUGAGUAGCACACAUGGAUGAGUGGCGAGACACAACUGAAGAAGAAUGGCAGAGGCAGGUGAAGAAGGGAAUUGCCACCAAAUGGAACUGACAGAUAGCAAUGACUUUACCAAAGGACCAGAGGCAGCCAAACUUCCUAUAGUUGUAUACAAGGUGCGAUUGAACCAAAGAAGCCCCGUGUGGCAGUUACAAGACCACCUGAACUGGAUAUCAAUAAGUACUUCUUCCAUAGGGAGCUGGGGGAAGGCAGCUUUGGCACAGUGAUGCUAGCUUCUUUUCUGGGCAAGGAGAAACCUGUGGCAGUGAAGAUCGUGCCCAAAAACAUUGACAGGAAGAACACAGCCAUCACGAGGGAGGCCCGGAUACUGAGGCUGGCAUCAACAAGUCCUUUUAUCUGUCACAUUCGUGCAGCUUUUCAAUCUCAGCUGCAAGCAUUCUUCGUGCUGGAGUAUGCGAGCGGCGGCACACUUAUGAGACAGAUCUUUCGCCAUAGGACUCUGAGCCAACCGAAAAUAUUGUUCUACUCUGCAGAGAUAUUGGUCGGCCUUCAGUUCCUUCACACGAAUGGAAUUGUUCAUCGUGACAUCAACCCGAACAACAUUCUGCUGGAUGAAGAGGGCCAUGUUAAGAUAUGUGACUUCGGGAUUUCUCUCGAAAACAUAUUUGGCGCCAAGACUUUCGUUAGUCGUCUAGGAACACCUGGAUACAAGUCCCCAGAGACCAUGCUACUGAAGGAGUGCAACGCAGGAGUGGACUGGUGGGCACUAGGUGUCACCAUGUAUGAGAUGGCAACUGGCCAGUUGCCAUUUCCCUGGAUUGGAAGCUUCAAAGAAAAACUUAAGCAGAUCAAGAAGAAGCAGCCCUACUAUCCAGAUUUUCUUUCAGAGGAACUGCGUGAUCUCCUACAAAAGCUGCUAGAAAAGGAUCCAGGUCUUCGCAUCGGAGUCAACGGGAACAUCAGAGAACAUCCAUUUUUUGCAUCACUUGACUGGGUGGAUGUGGAAAACCGAAGACUGGAGCCCCCUUUCAAGCCAGUAGUUCAAACAAUUAAAAUAUACGCGCACCAGAAGGCCGGAUUCCCAACUGAUGAUUCCAGCAAGGGCCCAUUGCUCAAGGGCUUUACUUUUCUAGAUCCCAGCUGGCCGGAGUGAAGCACCUUCAUGUUGCACAGUUGGAAACAUCAUCGUUCCUGUGACAUACAGUGGCCGUCUACCAUGAACGCAAAACUGUAGAUCUUAGCUAAGCUAAGUAUAAAUCCCCCAACAUCAAAUGCUCAUAUGAUCCAGUACCACACGGGACUUCUGAUAUUCAAGGAUAGGGAAGGAGUAGGGGGAGGAUAUGUCAUAGAAAUGUAUGAAUGCAAUGCAUUUAUAUAUUUAAAAGAUAUGGAAAGCCAAAAUCACUGGAUUGCAAACUGUUAGGCACCUCUCGGUGACUGUAAUCUGUAACCUCCUUCUCUGUGCCAGGGCUUUUAUUCCUUGAAAACUGUACCAGCCUGGGGUAGAUUUGUGCGUAGGACAUUGUUCCAACUUCUGCCCUGCUCCCUGGUAUCCCCUGCACCACCCUGGGUGGGCAUAUGUGCACUAUAGAGAUCUCUGUACGGCGCAUGUGCCUACCUUGAACAGUGCAAGUGAUACCUGGGAUCACAGGGAUCCCCAUGAAAGUACCAGUGCAUUUUUAAAGAAAAGGAGCACAACUCAGGGGUAGGAGGUUAGUGAUUAUAGUCACCGGGGAGGGGGAGGUGUCUAACAGUUUGGCAACUCCCAUGUGGCUUUGGCUUUUGGUUGAUCCAGGGCUUAGUCCGAUUGCCAUUUUGGAGUCAGGAAGGAAUUUUUUUUCCCCUCUGUAACAACUUCAGAGGGGUUUUUUUUGCCUUCCUUUGGAUCAACUAUAAAGCCUAUGCUACACAGAACUGAUUCUUGGCCUGCCCAUAAAAGUAAAAUCAGCCCCUACGCUUUAAUCACCCUAAACUUAUGACUGUACCCAGAGCCAUGACUUUGGACCGCAGGCCACGAAUCAGCCUUGUGUAGCAUUGGCCUAAAGUAGGUAAAAUCAGAUGAGGGUCUAGUCUUUGAUAAUAAACUACAUUAACACCAAAUACAUAAAGCCAAAAUCACUGGAUUGCAAACUGUUAGGCACCUCUCGGUGACUGUAAUCUGUAACCUCUUUCUCUGUGCCAGGGCUUUUAUUCUUUGAAAACUUUACCAGCCUGGGGUAGAUUUGUGUGUAGCACAUUGUUCCAACUUCUGCCCUGCUCCCAGGUAUCCCCUGCACCACCCUGGGUGGGCAUAUGUGCACUAUAGAGAUCUCUGUACGGCGCAUGUGCCUACGUUGAACAGUGCAAGUGAUACCUGGGAUCACAGGGAUCCCCAUGAAAAUACCAGUGCAUUUUUUAAAGAAAAGGAGCACAACUCAGGGGUAGGAGGAUAGUGAUUAUAGUCACUGGGGAGGGGGAGGUGUCUAACAGUUUGGCAACUCCCUUGUGGCUUUGGCUUUUGGUUGAUCCAGGGCUUAGUCCGAUUGCCAUUUUGGAGUCAGGAAGGAAUUUUUUUUCCCCUCUGUAACAACUUCAGAGGGGUUUUUUUUGCCUUCCUUUGGAUCAACUAUAAAGCCUAUGCUACACAGGACUGAUUCUUAGCCUGCCUGUAAAAGUAAAAUCAGCCCCUAUGCUUAAAUCA